AAGUAUCAGUUCCAUUUAUAUCACACCGCCUCCCCACUGACAACUAUAAAAUAUACGAGCGUUGAAUAAAAUUGAUAAGCUUAUCUUUGCGGAAGCACUAACAACAUUAUAGGGGUAUUGUUCUCCUCCCCCAUAAAAAAAUCAAUCGAACUUCUUCAAGGAAGAAUAGAAAUUUUUUUGACUGCGUGGCCGCCAGAAUAUUUUGUGAAAGUGUGUGCUUCUGUCAAGUCAUGUUGAAGUACUUAUCAAUUCUUGUGCUGGGUGCAGCACUCGUGGCUGCCGCUAAGCCGGAAGACAGUGAAUCGUGCUACUCCUUUGCCGGAGGAUCAGUAUAUCCCACUGAAAAGAAUAAGGGGGAUCACCAGCUGCAGUUCACCAAGGCAGUCAUUUCCAAGCCAGCGCCACCUUUCGAGGGAACCGCUGUAGUCAACAAGGAGAUUGUUCAGCUAUCUUUAUCCCAGUAUCUGGGAAAAUAUGUAGUACUUCUGUUCUAUCCACUAGACUUCACCUUUGUCUGCCCCACUGAGAUCAUUGCCUUCUCUGAUCGCAUCGCUGAAUUCCGGAAGAUCAACACUGAAGUGAUUGGCAUCAGUGUAGACUCUCAUUUCACCCACUUGGCCUGGAUUAACACGCCGCGGAAGGAAGGCGGUCUGGGCAAUGUCAAGAUUCCCCUGCUCUCCGAUUUGACGCAUAAGAUUAGCAAGGACUAUGGCGUGUAUCUGGAGUCCAGUGGCCAUGCCUUGCGAGGCCUCUUCAUCAUUGACCAAGCCGGUGUGCUGCGACAGAUCACCAUGAACGAUCUGCCGGUGGGACGAUCGGUGGAUGAGACAAUUCGUCUGGUACAGGCUUUCCAGUACACCGAUACCCACGGCGAGGUCUGUCCAGCAGGCUGGCGACCAGGAGCUGAUACGAUUGUUCCCAAUCCUGAGGAGAAAACCAAGUACUUUGCUAAGAAUAAUCAGUAGUGUGUCUGUGUGCAUCCUUCGUCUGUACAGCCAAUCCCAGUUACAUUCCAAAUGUUCGUGACUGAUUCUAAAUCGAACAAUAGACCCCCCACCCGAUCGCUCACUCGCAAAAGGUCCACAAUUGUUUUGUAAAAAAUAUAGUUCGUUUAUUUUACAGCAUAACUGAGAGAUAAAUAAAUUGAUGAAGUACAUAUAUAA